GCUAGCGAAUAGAUCGAGCACCCUUGCACAAACAGUGAUCUUGCGAGAUGGUUAAGGACACCGUGCUAUACGACACCCUGGGCGUGGCCCCGGAUGCCACCGAUAUACAGCUCAAGAAGGCUUAUCGAAAGCUUGCUAUUCAGUAUCACCCGGACAAGAAUAAGGAGCCUGAUGCCGAGCUCAAGUUCAAAGAGAUCGGGGAGGCCUACCAGAUCUUGUCGGAUCCCAACUCUCGAGCGUUCUAUGACAAGGUCGGCAAGAACAAGAUGUCAGCGGCUGAAGAUGGCGAGAUGGAGAUGCAAGAUCCCAGCGAACUGUUUGCGACCCUGUUCGGAGGCGAGCGAUUCCAACCUUGGAUCGGAACUAUAAGUCUGAUCAAGGACUUCGCGACGUCAAUGCAACAAUUCGAGGAGGAGGAGGCAGAGCAAACCGCAGGGGCCAGCGCGAGCGCUGAUCCAAUCCCGCCAAAGACGAGUCACGAUGCUGGUGCUGCGAGCUUUGCAGAGAAGUCAUCAACUUCCGACCAGGCGACAACUAUACCUAAAGCAGAUCCAGUCCGAGAUACCGGUGCCAGUGAGACCCCUAUGCAUGGGCACAUGACGCUGCACUCGGCCACCCCGCCGCCGCCCCAAUCUGGUAGCUCCACGCCGACUCGAAAGGACGCUGCGGACUCGCAAGUCAAACCGGAAAAGAAGUCUGGUAAGAACAAGAUGACGCCGGAGCAAAGGGCGAAGAUGGCCGCCUUGGAAGAGGAAAAGGAGAAAGCUCGGGAAGCUCGGAUCAAGGAUCUGGUGCGAGAAUUGACGACAUACAUUCGACCGUUCGUCGACGCCAAACACCCAGGGGAGGCUUCCGAUGCCGAAACAGUCGCAUUUGAGAAGAAGACACGACUAGAGGCAGAAGAUCUGAAACUCGAGAGCUUUGGGGUGGAGCUGUUACAUACCAUCGGCAACGUAUACAUGACCAAGUCGACCAACUUUAUGCGAAGCAAGAAAUUCUUCGGUGGAGGCUUCUUGGGUCGACUCAAGGAAAAGGGAAGCAUGCUCAAGGAGGGCUGGGGCCUACUCGGUAGCGCAGUUGGGGUCCAGAUGGCAAUGGAGGAGAUGGCCAAGAUCGAGGCGAAGGGGGAUGCAUCUCAGGAGGAACUCGAGGCCAUGGCAGCCGAUCUAAGCAGUCGACUCCUGCUGACCACGUGGAAGGGUACCCGUUGGGAGGUUAUAUCCGUAGUGGGCGAGGUUGUGGACCUGGUCCUCUCCGAGCCAGGGCUGAAUAAAGCUACCGCGAUGAAUCGCGCCAAGGCUAUUCUAACCAUCGGAGGUAUCUUCAAAGCAACGGUACCAGACGAGACAGAUGAUGAAAGACGAGAAAUCGAAAGACUCGUUCUUAAUGCUGAGACCAAGAACAAGAAGAAGAAGGACAAGGAAACUAAGCGCGAAAAGGAAAAAGGUGGAUGGUUUUCCGCGCAUCCCAAGAAGGAAGGCGAGCAGAAGCCUACGCCGGAGCCGGUGGCUUAAAUAUAAUAUCGGGAGAACUGCGACGAUAGUCUAGAGGUCCAGCUCUGACGUUGCCACUGUGGCUAGGAUGUGUGACGAGACUCUACCCAAAUUGAUGCCAUUAAUUAUUGGUUUAAUGUGCCCGCUAUCGAGUGGUCUCACAGAUCUUCCGCAUUGUCACCAGUUGGAAUUUCACUGGCUGAAUCGCCAGGAAUAUCAACACUCGCAAAUACCCAGCGCUUGUCCCUCGAUGCGACAACGCUCGGGCGCCUGAGGUCAAUGGAAGUGUCAACGCCGACCAUGGGUCUGUGUUCAUUACUCUAGCAGCUGACUGCUUCACAAUCGGCAAAUCUGCUAAAGCAGUGCUGUCAUUCGUCUGGGUAAUUUUCGGGGGAACGGCCACUAAUAAUGUUGGGACGCCUAAUCGAGUCCGAUGUCUUCAGGCUACCAAAGUCGCCUGCUUGAAUGUUCAUCUACGUAUAUUGAAUGGACAAGCAAUUCUAUUUGAUACAUUCGCCUUG